AAUCAUUUGUUAGUAUGACCAACACAACAUUGGAAGCAGUCAACAUAAAAACUACUCUUUCCUUUAGGCCAGGCCGAUGUUUUGAGAUUAAUUUAUAUAAUAAACUUCUUUAUUUAACUAUUGAAUUGUAAAAUAAAAAUAAAAUGAACGAAUCGUACUGAUUUCCAGUCAGUCACGGUAACAAAUCAGAUUUAUUUAUUUUUGAUUGCAGCCUUUGCGAUUUGCAUACCGCGUUCUAUUACAUUGUGAUUUCGUUUUGAAUUUGAUUUAUCGUUCAGCCCCAAAUUAUACCACGAUCAAUUUUUCAAGGCUAUUGCAUCUACUUUUUUGGGUUGUAGUUUAAGAACUGUUACAGUCUCCAAGGUGUUUAAUUCUCAUCUCUCAGUUUGCAUCUGUUGUACACAUCUGUACUGUGGUGAGGGCAGAGUGGUUAUAUCAUGGGGUUCAUAUUUAUGUUCUAUGACGUCCAUAAUGCUUUAGUGUGACGCAGUCGCGAUGAUCUUCUCUCUCAAUAAACAGCUAAAGUUUAGAAGGAGUUGUGUUUGUGUCCAGGUCUCCAGUCUUCUAUGGAUGAGGAUAGAGAGGAUGGGGGUCCUACCUCUAAGCCCACUCUGUCUGGGGAACAUGGCCGCCAGAGCAAAGCUACGAGCCCAUAGCAGCAGGAGAGGGCAGACUCCCCUGGACCCAGCAAUCGAAUUAAUGAAAUUAAUAUUAAGACGACUUGUAGCAGACUUUACAGAAGGAGGCAGGAGAGAGCAGACUCCCCUGGACCCAGCUGUGUCUCCAUGAAGAGUGACCACUAUAUGGGGGAGCUUCAAAGGAUCCGUUCUGAAUUUGUGAAGGGAGUUUCAGAACCAGUUAUCAAAGGUCUCCUGGAUGACAUUUGGCAGCAGAAGGUGUUCAGUUCUGAGGAAAAGGACUACGUGAUGGCCGAGAGGACCAAAGCAGACCAAGCACGUUGUCUGAUCGACAUGGUGAUCGGUAAAGGGGAGAGAGCAAGUCAGGCGAUGAUUGAUAGUAUGAAGAAGAGGGACGAACACUUAUGCUCCACCCUGGGUCUGAUCUCUUCUCCUCCUGGUGUGGGAUCUGCUGCGGUCCAGUGCCAACAUAAAAUAAAGUCUAAUUUGCAGAAGAAGUUCAGGUGUGUGUUUGAGGGAAUCGCUAAAGCAGGACAUUCAACACCUCUGAAUGAGUUCUACACAGAGAUCUUCAUCACGAAGAGAGGCAAUGGAGAGGUCAACCAGGAGCAUGAGGUCAGACUGAUUGAAACAGCUUCCAGGAAACCAGCCAUAGAGGAAACACCAAUCAGAUGUGAGGACAUCUUUAACCCGUUACCUGGACAAGAUAAACCAAUGAUAAAACCAAGGACAAUUAUGACAACUGGAGUGGCCGGCAUUGGUAAAACCGUCUUAACACAUAAGUUCACUCUGGACUGGGCUGAAGACAAGGCCAAUCAGGACAUACACUUCACAUUUUUCUUCACUUUCAGAGAGCUGAAUUUACUAGAAAUGAAAGAGUUUAGCUUGGUGGGACUUCUUCAUCACUUCUUUAAUGAGACCAAAGAAGCAGGAAUCUGUAGAUACGACCUAUUCCAGGUUGUCUUCAUCUUUGAUGGUCUGGAUGAGUGUCGACUUCCUCUGGACUUCCGGAGAAACCCGAUCUGUACUGAUGUCACAGAGGUCACCUCGGUGGAUGUGCUGCUGACAAACCUCAUCAGGGGCAACCUGCUUACCUCUGCUUGCAUCUGGAUAACCACACGCCCUGCGGCAGCCAAUAGGAUCCCUGCUGAGUGUGUUGACGUGGUGACAGAGGUGAGAGGGUUCACCGACCCACAGAAAGAGGAGUACUUCAGGAAGAGAUUCACAGAGGAGACACUGGCCAAAACAAUCAUCGCCCACAUCAAGAAAUCACGAAGCCUCCACAUCAUGUGUCACAUCCCAGUCUUCUGUUGGAUCACUGCUAUAGUUCUGAACAACUUCUUCGAAACAUCCCAGCUAGGAGAAGAGAUGCCCAAGACCAUUACUCAGAUGUACAGCCACUUCCUGAGGGUUCAGUCCAUGCAGGGGGACAGGAAGUAUCAUGGGAGAGCUGAAACAGAUCUACACUGGAGUCCAGAGAGCAGGGAGAUCAUUGUUUCUCUGGGAAAACUGGCUUUUAACCAGCUGGAGAAAGGCCACCUGAUCUUCUACGAGGCAGACCUGGCAGAGUGUGACAUCGAUAUCGGAGCAGCCUCAGUGUACUCAGGAGUGUUCACCCAGAUCUUUAAAGAGGAGGGUGGGCUGUACCAGGACAAUGUGUUCUGCUUUGUCCACCUGAGCAUCCAGGAGUUUCUGGCUGCCCUUUAUGUCUUUAUGUCAUUCAUCGACACUGGGGUCAAUCUGCUCUCAGGACAACCACAAUUCCUGUGGUCUAUUUUUUCUAGAAACAAAGGAAAUGUCAAACUCUACCAGAGUGCUGUGGACAAGGCCUUACAGAGGGAGGACGGACGCCUGGACUUGUUCCUCCGCUUCCUCCUGGGCCUCUCUCUGGAGACCAAUCAGAUUGUCCUAAAAUUUCUGCUGGGAAAGACAGUAAGUAGCUCAAAGACCAGUAAGAAAAUGGGCUCUUACAUUAAGAAGAAGAUAGGUGGAGAUCUCUCUACAGAGAAAAGCAUCAAUCUGUUCCACUGUCUGAAUGAGCUAAACGACCGUUCUCUAGUGGCGGAGAUCCAACAGUACCUGACAUCAGGAAGACUCUCCAAAGAAUCUCUCUCUCCUGCUCAGUGGUCAGCUCUGGUCUUCAUCUUACUGUCGUCAGAAGAGGAGCUGGACGUGUUUGACCUGAAGAAAUACUCUGCUUCAGAGGAGGGUCUUCUGAGGCUGCUGCCAGUGGUCAAAGCCUCCAAAACAUCUAUGCUGAAUGGCUGUGAUCUGUCAGAGAGAUGCUGUGAAGCUCUGGCCUCAGUUCUCAGCUCCACCUCCUCUAGUCUGAGAGAGCUGGACCUGAGUACCAAUGAUCUGCAGGAUUCAGGAGUGAAGCUGCUCUCUGCUGGACUGGGGAGUCCACACUGUACACUGGAAACUCUCAGCCUCAAUGGCUGUCAUCUGUCAGGGGAAUGCUGUGAAGCUCUGGCCUCAGUUCUCAGCUCCAAGUCCUCUAGUCUGAGAGAGCUGGACCUGAGUACCAAUGAUCUGCAGGAUUCAGGAGUGAAGCUGUUCUCUGCUGGACUGGGGAGUCCACACUGUACACUGGAAACUCUCAGUUUGAAAGGCUGUCAUCUGUCAGAGAGAUGCUGUGAAGCUCUGGCCUCAGUUCUCAGCUCAGACUCCUCUAGUCUGAGAGAGCUGGACCUGAGUACCAAUGAUCUGCAGGAUUCAGGAGUGAAGCUGCUCUCUGCUGGACUGGGGAGUCCACACUGUACACUGGAAACUCUCAGCUUGUCUGGUUGCCUGGUCACACAGGAAGGCUGUGCUUCUCUGGCCUCAGCUCUGAGCUCCAGCCCCUCCCAUCUGAGAGAGCUGGACCUGAGCUACAAUCACCCAGGAGACUCUGGAGCUGCGCUGCUCUCUGCUGGACUGAAGGAUCCACUCUGGAGACUGGACACUCUCAGUGUGGAGCACGGUGGAGUGUGGAGGCUGAAACCAGCUCCACAGAGAUAUGCCUGUGACCUCACACUGGACCCCAACACGGCCCACAGACUCCUCUCUCUGUCUGAGGACAACAGGAAGGUGACGUGGGUUGAAGAGGACCAGUCGUAUCCGGAUCACCCAGACAGAUUUGACUACUGGUUCCAGGUGUUGGGUAGAGAGGCUCUGACUGGCCGCUGUUACUUGGAGGUAGAGUGGGAAGGAGUGGUUGAUAUAGGAGUGACAUACAGAGGAAUCACAAGGAGAGGGGACGGUGUUGACAGCCUGCUUGGAUGGAACAACAAGUCCUGGAGUAUUUAUUGUUAUGAUGGUCAUUACUCUGCCUGGUACAACGGUAGACAGACAGUCCUCCCUCUCCCCCCCCCCGCUGGCUCCACCAGAGUAGGAGUGUAUCUGGACCGGCCUGCUGGCUCUCUGUCCUUCUACAGAGUGUCCCCAGGUGGAGGAGGGUCCUCAGACACACUGACACACCUCCACACCUUCUGGUCCUCCUUCACCCAGGAGGACCUCCUCCCUGGGGUGAGGGUAGGGUGGAGGGGGGGGUCCUCAGCCUCUCAGUGUCGGUUGUAUACAAACAAAACGGGCGCGGGGGAGCCGGGGGAAAAAAAAAGGACCUCCCCCUCAGCGUCGGGCUGAGCGGGGCCCCUGCGCGCCCGUAAAUACACACACACACACACACACACACACACACACACACACACACACACACACACAGGGCUGAUGACUCAGUGUCAAUUACAGUCUCUCUCUCUCUCUCUCUCUCUCUCUCUCUCUCUCUCUCUCUCUCUCUCUUCUGGUAUAACAUGAUAAACCAUGAAAAGACUUAAGAUCUCCCAUAGUUAGAUAAGCACAUUUAUUAUUUGAAACGUAUAUUAAAUACCUAUUGAUGGUCAAUGUUUGUAUAAUUUCAGACUUCACCAGUUUAAAGCUAUACUGUACGAUGUGAGAGAGCUAGCAUGAUUUGAAAUGAGCUUCUCUUCGGAGUUCCGUUUAACUCCUCCCCCACCCUUCAGGACUCCCUGCCCCAACCCCUCGACACAGAGCCGUGCAUGAGCGCUGCUGCUGCUUACGGCUUACUUCAACGGCAACCAUUGCGUCACUUUUCAGGCCAUUCAACUCCCUCAGCUGUCGCCAUCGCUGAAAAGCUAAUCCAAUAUUUAUUCUCGUUUUUCCUCGAGCAGUCUCCAACUUCUUUUUUGUUGCUGCCUUUUCAGUUUCUGUCUUUCUUUUUCUUGCCAUCCUAAAAGGAUGAACCGGGGCAAGUAACGGUGGCAGUGGUAACUUCAGUUGAUUCUCUUCCAUCGUGUUAACGUUGUAGGCUCACUAGGUCUAGUCCACUGUCAUGAACUACUAUGACAACAACGCUUUCUUUGCCCUCCGUGAACGCGCUCAGGCCGGCUCAGGCUCGUACACAGAGGGGAGAGAACGCGCAGGCUUGUGAUUGGUUCUUUAGAUCCGGGCACAGUGUCUCCGAUUGGUAAGCAUUUUAACAGGUUUAUAGCAGAUACAGAAUUUUUCGCUUCUUUUUCAUUGCCCAUAAGUUAUUUAUUGCUGUCAGGAUGUAAAAAACAAUUUCAACAACAUAUUGAAAAGUGCAUAUUACUGGAUCCCGUACAAUAUGCCUUUAAGUCUUAAGGGCUCUGAUAUCAUUUUUUAUCAUAAUCCUGAUUUAAGACCUGAUUUAAAGCAGAUUUAAUAUUUUAUUCAUAAUAACCAAGAGGUUUAUGGCAGAAUGUUGCAUGUUGUGAAUUACUUAAGACUGAAUUUAGAUUUUUCGGAACCAAACGGCCGCAGAACAUGUUCAGUUAUUAAAGAUACGUGCUCACCUGUUGAUGAUUUGUAAAGUCUGCUGCCUCUAUUGUUUUAGUCCUUGUGUUAAUUGUGAACAUGUAAGGGACUAUUUUUCUGUCUUAUUUGUUAAUGAAGCAUAAUUGCAAUAAACAACUCAGUGGAUCCAACUGAAUGUGCGUCGGGCUGAGCGGGGCCCCUGCGCGCCCGUAAAUACACACACAUACACACCCACACACACACACACACACACAAAAUGACACACACAGAGGGCUGAUGACUCAGUGUCUCUGUGGCAAUUACAGUCUCUCUCUCUCUCUCUCUCUCUCUCUCUCUCUCUCUCUCUCUCUCUCUCUCUCUCUCUCUCUCUCUCUCUCUCUCUCUCUCU